GGCCGGCAAGCGAGAUGCGUAGUAGCGCUAUUGCGCAGGGCUGGUUUAUGGACUUCUAUUUUCGACGUGACCUCAUUCUGUAUUUCUGCUUGUCUGUGCGCCCGGGCAUUGCUGCAAAGUUGUGUGCUCGAUCUGAUUUUGCCUAUGGAAAUCAUGAUUUCACCUGAUUUCAAGUCACAAUGGGUGACCAUAGCUACAACACUUUCCACACAGAAUUCAGCAUAGAUAAGGAAAGUGCUGUAUCGAUGUGAGGUUACCCUACGCGGGCAGCUGUCGAGGAGUGACCGACCUGAAGUGAGAGUGAACACAGGCAGCUAGUGCUUGUGGCACUACAGGCAUACAGACAUAGACACAUUGCGCUUCGUUACGCAACUGCUAGCGAGGCCAAUAAUCCGUGCCUUUUACAAGUGCAACAAUUAACUGAUCAAGCGAUCAGAAUUGAGAGCUAUGCAGCAAAACAGAGAAGUGAUGGCUACGCAGCAGAAGCGAUCUGUCACCGGCAAACAAAGUGACAAUGGUAAGUGGGCCAACAACUACUCCAGCUGGGGAGAUGAGGAUGACGGCUGGGCGGAACCAGGUGCCCCAGACGCAGACUUCUCCAGCUGGGGCUUGCCAAGCCAAGGAGGCAGUGGCUGGGGUGACGCGGAAAAGGAAAAGUCCGAAUGGCCGCCAAUGGGUGACAAGUCGGAAAAUACAUCGGAUGGAGGUGAUGACUCUGCCUCGCAACAUUCUGGUUCUGUGAUAUCUAGCUCAAGCAACCAAGGUCGUAGCGACAUGGUUCAGGGGUCAAAUGCAGGUCAAAGUUCAGGUUCUUCCAUGCAUGGCAGCAAUAGUGCAGCAGGCAGUGGCUGGGGCAUGGGAGGUGGGAGUUCCACCUGGGGACAAUCUGGAAUGACUCCCAAUGCCAAAUUCAACAAUAACACCGAAAACAAGGGACAAAAUAUGCAGAAUGCAACGAGUGAUAGCAUCAAUGCACAGAACUCUCAGGUGCCAGGUAACCGGGGCAGCAAUGGCAUUGUUGGUGGGAGCAGUGACCAGAACAAUCAAAUUCCAUCAACCGUUCAGAACCCAACUAGUGCUCACACUAACUACGGACCUGGUAUCAUUGCACAACAAGGAAACCGAGGGUGGAAAGAUCUGGCAAUAGGUGGAAAUGGCCCCGCUAAUUCCAACACUGCAAAAUCCGCUAACGGAUGGAAUAACAUUCCCGAAAACAAUCCGAAUGCCACUGGGCACGCUCGUCCUGAGAGCAACGCCGGCGCCCAGUGGCCGACAGGGGCAGCAGGUGGUGGCUGGGGGGAUAGCAAGCCUUCUGGCUGGGGUGGUUCAGCAGGCACCGUCGCACCUGCUACCACCACCAGUGGCGCCGAUUGGAAUAAAGUGGGCACUGCAGCGUGGGGAUCGUCUGGGACUGCUCCGACCACUAGCGCCACCCAGCCGCCGCCAUCGAAGUCGCCCAACACGUGGGCACAGGCAGCUGGCAAGGGUCUCAACAAAACGUCUGACAGCAGCAGUAGCAGCAGCGGCAGCAGCAGCAGCAAACAGUCGAACGUGCAGCAGCAGCAGCAGCAGAACAAGUCACAGGCGGCCGACGUCGCCGCCAUUAUCAACAGCAUGGACGGCUGGGGCAAGAUGCCCGUCAAUCAGGCGGCCGGCUGGGGCGAGACCGACUCGCCGGAGCCAGACUCGAAGACGGGCAUCGGCAUGUGGAAGGCGCAUCUCGCCGCGAAGAGCGCCAGUCUGCACCAGAACGCGGGCGCAGAGGGCGCCGCCGGUGCAUGCGUCACCAAACGCACGGCGAGCACGAGCAGCACGGGCAGCAGCGCGUCCGGCUGGGGCGAGCCCGAGGGUUCCGGCCAGUGGAGCGGCGCGCCGACGAGCAGCAGCAGCAGCGCGCCGGGAGCGCCGAGCUCGACGGCGCAGCACUGGCGCCGUUCCAACUCGUCGUCGUCGUCAUGGGGCGCGCAGGAGCCGCACGGAGGCGGCAGUCAGUGGGGCAAUCACGGACCGGGCGGCGGUGACAACCAGUGGGGCAACGGACCCACGGCUGCGAGCUCGGCAUCAGGUUGGGUGGGCGAUCCCCCGGCACCGGACGAGCAGAUUGUAGCAACAGGUACAAUCUUCAAUGCAUCUAGCUGGGAGGAGCCUUCUCCACCAAACAAGCGUAGGGGUGUUCCAGUCACUAGUGUUGACGAUGGUACAAGUGCGUGGGGGGAUCCUUCUUCGGUGGGCAACGCACCUGUGCAGAAGUGGAACGACUCUGCCCCUACCACUCCAAAGACUCCUCUGCCCCAACCACCACCACCGAUGCCGCACAAGGACGUGGGGUGGGGGCAGCAGAAUUCUAUGGGGCAGCAGAAUUCUAUGGGGCAGCAAAAUUCUAUGGGGCAGCAGAAUUCUAUGGGGCAGCAGAAUUCUAUGGGGCAGCAAAAUUCUAUGGGGCAGCAGAAUUCUAUGGGGCCGCCUCCUGCACCCCCUCAACCUAACAUGCAAAAGGGACCACCUAGGCUCGGCUGGGGUGAUCCGAAUUCUGCCCCACCUCCGAAAGUGGACACGGGAACUGGAGUGUGGGGCGCUCCGGGCGCUCAGCCUAACGCGCCGCGCGGACGCUGGGAUAACCAGGGUUGGCCAAGAUCCGUCGGCCAGUGGGACGAAGGUAACAACAGUAGCAACACUGGCAGCGGAAAUCCGAGACGGGACAUUGCUGAGGGUUGGGACCCUGAUGGCACAGCCACGGGUACCUGGGACUCUACUGAGAUUGACCAAUGGGAUGCAUCCCAGACCAAUAUGCCUAAGAACCCAGGAGGUUGGAAUAAUCACCCUCCUCUUGGCAGAAAGCCAAUUAAGGGUGCUAAUAGUAAUAGAGACAUGUGGACGAUGAAUGACAAGGUGAGACACCUGGUGGCCAUAGGAGUUCUGAAGAAAGAAGAUCUUGAAGCUGCUAUCAUGAAUAACUCAAUGAAUCACAUGAACCUAGAUGCAAAUGCAGGUGAUAUGAUGCCCGGUGCUACUGCUAACAUGGAUAUGAAACAUGACAUGCCACCACCAAUGCGCAGCCUCAAGGGGAGAGGUAUCAGCGAAAUGGACCCAGACGCCUCUGGUGAUGCCCACGGUGAACUAAACAUGCCAUUCGUGCCUUUGCCAGCCAACAACCUGAUGAAUCAGUCAGUCACCAAAUCUGCUAGUCACCUCAACAACUCUAGUCUAAACAACCUUAGCAGUAUUAAUCCUGCACUGGUACAGAAGCUGAUGCAGCAGCAGCAGCUUCAGCAACAGCAAGGACAUGCACCUCGUACAGGAGGGCCCAUCAACCCACAGAUCAUGCAACAGCUGCAGGUGCAGCAGCUUCAGGCGCAACUUCGGCAAGCUAUGCAGGCUGGACUUAUACACCCGCAGCUGCUGAGUCAGCAGAACCCGCAGGUUCUUGCGAGCAUUCAACAGCUGCUGCAGUACCAAAACAUUGUGCAGCAGCUCUACACUCACAGACAGCUGCUUGUGCACAACAAGGGAUUAAAUCCUCUUGCCCAACGACAACAGCUCGGUGAGGUUGAACAUCAGAUUGGCAAGAUAAGUGACCUGAUGAAGAAGCAACAACAGACAUUGCAGCAACUGCUAUACAAGCAGCAUCCCCAACAGGGUCUAGUCAGAGGAGACGAGAAGAUGGAUGCCAUGAUGGCAGGACAGCAAUGUCAAGACUAUCAGCAGCAGGGCCAGCCGCAAUCACGCUUCAACAUAUGGAAACGCCCCUCCCCUGACAAAGAAUUUGACGACUUCAAGACACCCGGGCCAAUUGGAAAGCCGGUCAUGGCACAUUCGCAUUCCAGCCCUAACAUGCAGCAGUUUGAGCCUCUCAGCGCAUUCUUUCCACCGGUUGCCCAGGGAGACAACACGUGGUCAGUGAAUGCGACGGCCGGCUCAAGCUGGCCGUCCAGCGAGGGCCACAUGAACGCGCCCUCGGCCGACAGCAAGGAAUCUCACCACCUCUCCGAUUCGUCCAUUCCCGAGUUUGAGCCGGGGAAGCCAUGGAGAGGCUACGGAGCUCAGAAGAACAUUGAGGACGACCCACAUAUCACUCCGGGCAGCGUCGCUCGCUCGCUUUCGGUGAACACCAUUAAAGAGCCGGAAAACAUUCUGCGCAGCGUCGCCAGCAGCUCGAGCAAUGCCAGCGCCGACACGAAGACUAGUCCCGCCGAUAUGUCUUUCACCUCCAGCACGUGGUCUUUCCCUCCGGGCCUGCCAAGCCAAAGCAAUACGUCUGCAUUAAAGGUGCUCAGUAAGGCCAGUGGCAACUGGACUGGUGAACAUCCUUCCAACCACCCCCCUACCUCGCUCACGUCCGAGCUGUGGGGCGCUCCAUAUCCACCAAAGAACAACCCUGCCGCUAACCGCCCACCACCUGGUUUCGCACAGCACAACAAGUCUGGCUGGAAUGUGCAAGGAGGCUCUGGACAAGGGGGCCAGUAUUCACGACAGUGGAGUGACAACCGCUCAUAUGGCAACACACCCGGUGGAUCAUCAUGGGACAGAAAUGAUAGAGCGACUACCUGGCUCGUUCUCAGGAAUCUGACUCCUCAGAUUGACGGGUCAACGCUUAAGACACUCUGUGCUCAGCAUGGCCCCCUACUCACGUUCUACCUCAGUCUGAAUAAUGGCAACGCGUUGGUUCAUUAUUCAUCCAAGGAGGAGACUUUCAAAGCCCAGAGGAGCCUUAAUACAUGUGUUCUGGGAAACACUACCAUCUUGGCCGACUUUGCUAAUGAUGGAGACAUUGAUCGCUUCUUCAACGAACAGUCUCGCAAAGGGGGAACCCAGCAAGGAACAUCUGCCGAAACCUCGGGCUGGAACAGUAGCUUAAACAGUGGCACCACUAAUAAUUGGGCUACUUCAACUGCAAACAGUGGUUGGUCAAGCAGUGGAAGUCUGUGGGGUACACCUGGCAUUGACCCCAUGCUGCAGGGUAACGUAAUGGGAGGAGAGUAGACACACACGACUACCUACUUCUCCCUCCUCUUUCUUCUCCUCCCCCCACACGUUUGACCUCCACCUGUGAGCUUCUAGUCUGCCGUUCAAGGCAGUGGCCACUUUUGUCACAUAUCCUUCACAUGUCAGGAUCUGUGUGGGAGUUAUUACUGAUUUCCUAUGUCUACCUGCAUCCCUUAUGUCUAUCUUUAUGGUCGAGUAUAUUUGCAAAUGCAGUGCAGUGUGAUUGAAAGCCUGCAUCUAUUGUUAUAAUAAGAGAAUCUAUAAACCAUUACAUGUCUGAUGGCAAGUGUUGCAUGCAGUUGCCAAACAUAUAUAUUAUAACACUUGUGCUGUGAUAAAAAUUUGUACCAGGUUUUUGGUACUUGGGUAUCCAAUGAGUAAACUUCUCAUUGUCAUGUAUUUAAGACGAAGUAAAAAAAAAAGUAAAAAAAAGUGAUUAAUGAGCUUUUAGGCAAUAGUUAUUUUGCAUUUGUUGAAACCAAGUCAUCAUGCUAGAUUAGUCCCGUGCCUAGUACUGCCAUAAUAUUGUGUCACUUGUUUUGGGUUCUUUUACCAGUAUUUUGUGGGCUUACUGGUUUUUGUAUGGAAACCUCAACCUCUUCCUCCAAAAUGUGCAAAAAUCUUCCAUACGGAAACGAGAAAGCAUGGUUGUAUUGGGAUGGUGAGAUGAUAGCUUUAAGAAAUUGUUGUGGUCAUCAUGCAUAUAUGUUUGUUACAUCACUUAAUAGGAGGUGAUAUCAAAAUGAUACAACUUUACUUAAUACUUACUGCUCAAUGUUUCUAUAUCAGUAGUUUGUUAGGAUUAUGCUCGGAAAUGGUGCGUUCGUGUGUAUUAUUAUUAUUCCACAUAACGGAGCUGUUACUUUGCUGCAAGUUGCCUUUCUGUUGAAGUUAUUUUACCCCUCCCCCACCCCCUCCUUUCUGCGAGUGCUGCGGCUGCUAAUAUCGCCGCCCCUUGCAUAUGUGCUUACUCAAGGGUGUGUUUUAUUCCUGUAUUCAUGUAUCUUAGUAUAUAUAUAUAUAUGUGAAAAGGCAUUUCCACAGCUUCUAAAAGUCUUCCUAGUUCAAGAGAAAAAAAAAGAAGAAAAAAGUAGCUUUUGUCGUUGUCGAAAUGUCCUUUGUGUUGACACCGAAUACUACACAUUGCCAAACAUUGAUUGAAACAGUCCUUCCGUGGCGGGAGGGUAACGAUCUCCAUGCACAUAACAGGGCUGAUAAUGAUAGAAUACAGUGAUAUUGAUUGUCUCAACAUAUAUAUAUAUCUAUAUAAUUGUAAAUAUAAAAAAUA